AUGAAGCUAUUCGCAUUGAGCUGCCUGCUCAUUUUGGGCCUCCUCGGCUUCCUCGCUGCUCCAGGAGCCGCCUCGCCAUCUCGUCACAGUGGACCAGGAUCCGGACCUGGAUCCGGAAAUCCGUUCAGAUCUCCAGGCCCACAGCAACGGCCAUUCUACUACGACGCUCCGGUUGUAAAACCGAAGACUAUGUACGCUUAACGUUAAGAAUGAAACAAUAAAAGAUUUGAAACGGCUAAACUAAA